CUAGUUAGCUAGUUCUCUCUCUGGAUCAAGGAGCGUAUAUCGCACGAUGGUGUUCGACGACGAUGACACCAACCUCGGUGAUUCGGGUACAGGGAGCACCAAGGGGUUAGUACGGAUCCAGGUGCCGGAGUACAGCCGGGAUGACGUGGCGCUGGCGGAGGACAAGCUGACGGUGAUGAUCGAGCUGCGGGCGGCACCGAGCGCCGUGGUGAGGGAGGGGCUGGACCUGGUGGCCGUGCUGGACGUGAGCGGCAGCAUGGCGGAUCCCAAGAACCUCGGCAGCAUGAAGCAGGCCAUGAGGUUCGUCAUCAUGAAGCUCAACCCCGUGGACCGCCUCUGCGUCGUCACCUUCAACAACCGCGGCACCAGGCAGUGCGUGCUGCGCUCCGUGACCGGCGCUGGCCAGAAGGAGCUCCUGGCCAUCGUGGACCGCCUGGACGCCCACGGCGGGAGCAACAUCGAGAGCGGCCUCGUCAAGGCCAAGGAGGUUCUGGCCGGCCGCCGGAGAACGGAAGCCCGCACCGCCAACGUCAUCCUCAUCUCCGACGGUGGGCAGACCGCCAACGAUGCCAUUGAUGUGGACCUCGAGGACGCCGGAGUCUACACUUUCGGCGUCGGCAAGCACUCAGCCGACGAGCUGCUGAACGCCAUCGCGACAAAGUCCCCGGGCGGGACGUUCAGCACGGUCCGGGAGGGGUCGGACCUGACGACGCCCUUCGCGCAGGUGCUGGGUGGGCUGCUCACUGUGGUCGCCCAGGACGUGGAGCUCACCCUGACACCCGAGUCAGGCUCCCUGCAACGCAUGGAGGUGCGCGCCGACACUGACUACACCAUGGUGCCCGACAAGCGCCCCAGCGGCCUGGAACCCGUGACCGUGAAGCUCGGCAACCUCUUCAGCGGGGAGGCGCGCAAGGUGAUCGUGGACAUGGAGCUCCCGGCCAGCAAAUCCCGCGAGUGGUACCACGCCAUCCUGGCCCGCGCGCAGCACAAGUACACUGCCCAGGCCGUGCCGCAGGGGCUCCAGAUCAAGGAGAUCAUCAAGAUCAAGCGCACCCCGAACCCGUCCCCAGUGUCCAGCUCCAUUACCACGCGCUGGGUCGAGGCCGAGCUCGCGCGGCGCCGGCAUGCCGAUGCCAUCAGGGAGGCCAUGGCCAUGGCGGACGCGGGCGACAUGGACGGGGCGCGGUACAGGCUCGUGGACGCGCAGAACACGGUCGAGGACGAGCUCAUGAUGGACGGCUGCGAGAAGAUGCUGGACUCCAUGCGCGCCGAGCUCGCGCAGCUCGUCCACCUGAUGCAGACGCCGGAGCUGUACAAGCAGCAAGGCCGCGCCUACGCGCUCGCGGCCGGCACCUCGCAUGGCCGGCAGCGGUUCGCCGACAGGGGCGACCGCACGGACCCCGUCACCGUCUUCUCGACUCCGCGCAUGGACACGUACCGGGAGCAGGCCAAGAAGUUCGUGGCCGACCCUAGCAAGCCGCCACCGUCCGCCGCCGACGACGUCAAGGACGAGAUCCUCGCCAACCCCAUGGCCGCCUUCUCCUCCGAGCUCGCCCUUCACCUCCAGACAGCGAUACAGGCGCUGCAGGCCAUCCAGAAGAUUGUCACCACCACCAACUAGAUUUCUCCGGCCGCCCUACUAUAUCUAAUAUCCAUCGAUCUGUUUCCGUUAAUUAGCCCGGCCACUUGAAUAAUUUCCGUACCGAUCGCGGUUUUUAUUUCAUGUUUCACCUCUGAAGGCGCCCAUCUUAUGAUCAUCUUUUUCAAUCUCACGCAAUUCUAAUUCAGAUUACUCAUUA